AUGAGAGCGUGACAUAAUUACAGGUGCUCCAGAUCAGCCUAUUUAAGAGGAGAAGGACACAGAUCAGACUCUCAUUCUCCUGCUGGGCCGAUCGCAGUUGGACUCAUUACACGGACUAAAGCAUCAUUCUCUUACUUUUUGUUUUCUUGCUGCCAUGAAGGAAACGAUCACAGGAUUUCUUGUGCUGGCUCUGCUGGCCUUCCAGACUGAGAUGACUGCAGGUCAAACCAACGGUACGACAAGUUCGGUAUCUUCGAGUUCAACUCAAACCACUGUGCCAACUACUCUGGCCACAUCAAAUACUACUCAAACCGCUUCAACUAGUUCAACUCAAACCAGUCUGGCACCUUCAAAUACAAGUUCAACUCAAACCAGCAUCCCAACCAGUCUGGCUCCGUCAGGUUCAUCCACCAGCACAACUCCAUCAAACUCAUCUGCCGCCAUCACUAAUUCCACAGUGAUCAUGAAUGCCACCGCCACCACGGUAACAAUAAGCAAAACCACCAUCCGGAUGACGACAUCAUCAGGCUACUCAGUGACAGCUGGUGUCAUUAGCUUUGUUCUACCAGUUCUCUUUUACACGCCGUUGAAAUGAACAUGUUUGUUUAAACCCAAAAUAAGCCUGGCUGUUUAAGAAAGAGCUGCACUUGUAACUGUAGUAACAUGUGGUAUAUUAUAAGAUGAUCAUCAGUUAUUUUACUUUGUAUCCAUUUUUAUUUCUUGUAAUAACAUGCAUUACUGACAACUGCACAUGCAUAUCAGUCAAGAGUGUAUGCUUUUCUGAUUUUAUGCUUCAAUGUCUAAUCUAUAAUAAGUGAUAAAUAAUGUCCAUACAGUAUGAAUUCUUGUUUUAAAACUAUAGAACAUGGUUUAAUUUAUUCUUUUUAAAUUAAAGUAGGAAGGUUGUGAACAAAGUGUCCAUCGUAGACUAAAACUUAUUUAAAAGUUUUAUUUAAGCAUCUCAGUUUUAUACCUCCUGAAACCGGGUUGAAAAAAUAACCCUAUGUGAAGAGCCAACCCGACGAUGUUAAUAAAAAGCCAAAUUUAAGAUUUGUGUUUCGUAUUUUGCUUAACCAUUUUUACAAUUUGGGAUUUUAUUAGAGAAUUAUUUAGGAAUCCAGAACUAAAAAAUUAAAUUGAGAUUUUAAUAAACAAAAAAGAAUCGUCCAUGGCAUUCACAAUGUAAGAUUGUUUAUAAAUAUAAAGCUGUGAAAAAUAAUUCCUUAAUAGAAUAGAAUAGAAUAGAAUGCUACAUUGGCCAAGUAUGCCUGAACAAUACAAAAUUUGUGCCAAUGCAGAUAAUCCACUGAUGUACAGAUACACACGUAAACACGUCUUUAAAGUGACGCAUGCCGUUUCCAUUGAAGUUGAACAUAAAACGUUUAAUAAGUGCAGCUUGGUCUGGACUUUGGAACAAUGAGACUUAAAUAGCAUUUUUUAUUUCUUUCCUUUCCUAAUCUUUUCUUGAAUAAACUUUAGAUAAGCCUUUGGCUA